AUGGAGCCAGGCGCCUUGCGUGAGAGCCCCGCCGGCUCCGGGGAGUCAGACGCCGGGGACUGGAGGGAGGUGACUCCCGGUAGAGAGGAGGAGGAAGAGGAGGAGGUGAAAGCUGCAGAAACUCCUGAAGCAACAACACUGGAGACCUGUGAUGAAGGUGAAAGACAGAAAGGAGUUGGUGAGCAGCUACACAGCCCCACAGACGAGCUGGACCCCAGAAUCCAGGAAGAGUUGGAGCAUCUAAAUGAAGCAAGUGCAGAAAUCAACAGACUGGAGCUGCAGUUGGAUGAUGCCAGAUCAGGGUACCGGAAGAUCCUCACAGAGUCUGCCAGGAAGCUUAAUGCUCAGAGCUCUCAGCUUGGGGGCUGCAUAGAGAAAGCAAGGCCCUACUAUGAAGCUCGUCGCCUUGCGAAAGAGGCACAGCAGGAGACCCAGAAGGCAGCUUUGAGCUAUGAGAGAGCGGUCUCUAUGCACACAGCUGCCAGGGAGAUGGUCUAUGUGGCAGAGCAGGGUCUGAUGGCUGAUGGCAAGAACACCCUGGAUCCCACCUGGCAGGAGAUGCUCAACCACGCUACCUCCAAGGUGAAUGAAGCCGAGGAGGAGCGACUUCGCAGUGAGAGGGAGCACAUGCGCGUCACACACGCCUGUCAGGAGGCCGAGGCUCGUGUUCAGAUGCUGCAGAAGUCCCUCAAAAGAGUCAUUGUGAAAUCCAAACCUUACUUUGAGCUCAAGGCCCAGUUCAACCACAUCCUGGAGGAGAACAAGACCAUAGUGAUGCAGCUGGAACAGCAAGUAGCCAAAGUGAAGACCCGCUACUCCAUCGCCUUACGGAACUUGGAACAAAUUAGCGAGCAGAUUCACGCUCAGAGGGAGUCCGAGGGAGGACGCACCAGCGUCUGCAGUGGGCGCAGUCCCCCCGUUGGAGCCGAGUCCGACGUCAGGGUUAAGAAAGAAGGCGGAGCCUGCGGUGGUGCGAUGGGGACGGACCGAGUGGAUUCAGCCAUCGAGCUGGAGAAAUACAAGGAGAAGGAGAAUGAAAAGGAGAGGGAGCGGGCUGGGUCGGAUUCCCUCUCGGUCUUCAGCCUGCAGACCAUCGCUUCCGACUUGGAGAAAUACGACUCCAUCGAGCACCUCGGGGACCUCAGCGAUGUCGGGAGCGUAACUGGGGAUGAGGGGGAGAAAGAGAGAGGCGGAGUGAUGGAUAGAAGAGACAAGCGGGUGGUGGAAACAUCCGCCAAAGAGCGCCAGCAGCAGUUCUACAAGCAGCAUCACCGGAGCUUCAGUUUGUGAGGCUGUCAUAGAUAUAAAACAGCUAAAAAACACUGCAAAAGUAAUGUGAGUUAUCAAGAAAGUGUAAAUUAGGGUAAACAUCCCUGACACAUAGGUACCAACCAAAGUAUAAGACAUUGAAUUUGCUCCAAAUCAGGAGCGAUGCAGUUGCAGGUGUAUGAUAUGAUGUGAUGGUGUAAAUAAGCACACGUACGUUGACUGACAACACAUUAUUCUAAUGCUGACACUGAUCAAUAGUUAAUAUUGCAGCCUAGUUAGAACACUACUGGAAUUUAAAGAGCUUUCAAACCUCCAGGACAAGUAUACUGUAUAUUCACUCCCUCUGAGGGAUUCUGGGUAGAAUUUGUUCCUUGAGCAUGAAGGAACAGUGAGGAAUGAUCAAAAGCCCCGUUUGAGCAGACAUGUUUAGAAAGACGUCAUUUCUUACUUUCCCAGUCUAAUCGUUGAUCUAAUUUGGUGAGACUAGUGAAAACAAAACCCUCCAUUGCCCCCUCCCCCCCUUCAGUCGUGUCGAGUCUUAUCAGCGAUUGCUUCAAGGUAGAGGGGUCGCAGCAGGAUCUCUCCGUACACACUGAGAUCCGCAAACAUAUCCACCCUCAUCAAGUUAGUGCGCAGGGAAAAAAUGACAAAAACGAUUCUCUGUCGGUGCAGAGUGAAAGCAUGUUUGAAUUCACAUUUCACAUAUUUAUUUCCAGUAACAUGCUGCAAGCGGUGCUUUAUUUUUGGCACGAGAGAAUGCGUUUUUUGACAAUUCCUUAAAGUCUGAAUGUGAUAAAGACUCUUUCCCACUCCGACAGCAUGCUCUCCUGGUUAGCUAUCUAAGCAGACAUUUAUGACAUGUAUUCGGGGCAAAAUGCUGAAACAGAAACUGACACAUUAAAGCUAAGAGGAUGAAGCUGUAGCCAUGUUUUCUUUUUUUUAUGUCGCUAUGCUGUAGUCUUAUGAAAAAGCCUUUCCAAAAUUUGUAUAAUUUGGAUAUUGUUUACAUUUGUAUCAGUGGAUUUCUUUUCCUCUUUUGUUUGCCUUUUUAAAAACAAUAUGCCCUUGUUGUAAUUUGAAGUGUGCCUUGACACAGAACAAGUAACAAAUUUAGCAUGAGUAGCACUUUGUUGUAAACUCACCUGUAGUUCUGUUUAGAACCAUUUAAAGAACAAGCGUGUGCCCUUUUAGGAUUUUUAAAAAAUAAUCGGGAGUCACCCGGGCACCACUUCCGAUGAGACUUGAAGAGUUAUGAUUUUUUAUUUUUUUAUUUCUGUACUUCCUCUUAUGAUAUUGUACUUUGAUUGUCAAAGUGUGAGAUGCAAAACGAUGAAGUCAAGAAAUGACUUGUAAAUGUAUGUAAUUAUUACAGAGCUGGAAAAUACUGACAUGUACAGUUACCGUGUGUUAACUGAUUUGAAUGUUUGACAAGUUUUGUUGUACAGAUGUUCUCACAGUUUGUCAUGUGUAUUUAAAAUCAUUAUUGUCGCAGUUUAUCUGAAGCACCUCACCUUCACUCCUGUCUUAACAAUUCACCCUUUUAAUGGCAUUUGUGAAUUAGUCACAGAAUGUCACUUUUUUAAUUUAUUGCAUUGUCAUAUCUAUAAUCAAUAAACCAAAUCAUACUUCUUG